GUGCAGCCGCGAUAGAUACGCGCCGCUACGAAUAGCGCUCGCUCCGCACGCUAGUUAAUGUGAUCUCAUUUAUUUUACUCAUAUCCCGAAAUAUUGAUUAAAUAAACAAAGAUGUCUGAAGGCACGAGUGCAGACGCUGCGGUCGAGCAGGUGACACAAGAAGUGAAGGACGUCAAGCUGGAGAACGGGUCAGCUCCUGGUGCAGUCAACGGAACGGCUAACAAAGCUGAAGGAGCCAUUUCUCUAAAGGAUGCAUUCAAAGCUUUUUCUAAAUUUGGAGACCCAAAAUCGGAUGGCAAAACGAUAACACUGUCACAAAGCGACAAAUGGAUGAAGCAAGCAAAGGUGAUCGAUGGGAAGAAAAUAACCACGACGGACACCGCGAUUCACUUCAAAAAACUAAAGACUCUGAAGCUUGGUAUUGACGACUACCAGAAAUUCCUAGAAGACCUUGCUAAAAGUAAAAAGGUAGAGCUGGAAGAGAUAAAGAAGAAGCUCACGAGUUGUGGCCAGCCGGGUGUCUCAUCACACGUGACCAAGUCGCCAGCGGCUGCAGCUGCAGUGGACCGCCUGACAGACACCAGCAAGUAUACGGGCUCCCAUAAACAGAGGUUCGACGAGACCGGCAAAGGCAAGGGCAUCGCUGGCAGGAAGGACCUGGUCGAUGCCUCGGGCUACGUGUCUGGCUACCAGCACAAGGAUACGUACAACAAGUCCCACUAACCGCCAUUCUGUACACGGCAUACAAUUAACAUUUAAAUAAAACCUGGGAGCCUGAAUCCUCAAACCUUUUACGGUAUUUACUAAUUCCUUAUUUUGGAUCACAAGAGUUGCUGACGAAGUAAAAUAAACAUGCAUGACUCGUAUAAGACUGUACGAUUUGUUAUUCCGCGCAAAUAUAUCAACUUUUACUAUGGGACCAACUCCGAUAUGAUAAAACGUAAAUUCCAUACGCUUUGGGAUACAAACAACAGGCUGUAUGGAAUAAAUAAAAAAUAUUUUCAAAAUUCGGAAUUGGUUCAAUAAUUCAAGUUAACUGUUAUCAUAUUUCAGUCUUCCUCAGUAAGAUAUCUUACCUAAUUGUAUAUUCAGCAAGCAUUGGAACAAAUAUAGCUUUCAUAUGACGAUCAAAGUCGAUCUCUGGCUAAACCACUUGGAAGCUUCUCUUUGCAAUAAUUACGAUAUUGUACAUUUUUUUAAGUACAUGGUACUAGAUUAAUGCAUUUGAAAGAGUAUUGCUUUGUAUGUUGUGCGAAAGACAUUCCUUCCUUAGAAAGUAAACGUUGUAAUAGAGUAAGUGGAAGCGUUUUCUGACUAUAUUACCUUGUCUGUACGUCUAGUCGUGUGUAUAGUUACAUUCUUUACAAAAUAUUAAAAGUUUCAAUGUAUUUUUAAAAU